GUCAUAAAUCAUGAAUGUUUCCCAUCGUCGAUACCAGCUACUGCCAAUAUAAGGUCCGUCGGCGUUGUCGAACCCCAGUGGAGGUACACUACGUACAGCUCGACGCACUUCCGCACCACUACUCUUGAAAUACUAUGCAUCGCAUCUGGUCGUGCGAGGCUAUGUUUUGAUGAAGAGGACAAUCCUGGAAGGGCAGAAACAGAAGUUAACAUUGGGCAUGUCGUUAUCAUUCCUGCAGGCGUGGGGUACAGGCUU